AUGGCAGACACACGAUUCAAGCUCAACACCGGCGCAGAGAUUCCAGCUCUGGGUCUGGGUACCUGGCAAUCGAGUCCCGGAGAGGUCAAGAAGGCUGUUUCCCAUGCGUUGUCCGUAGGAUACAGACACAUUGACGCUGCGUACUGUUAUGGAAACGAGGAUGAAGUUGGCGAGGGUCUCAAGGAGGCAUUUGCAAGUGGUAUCAAGCGUGAGGAUGUCUUCAUUACCACGAAGCUCUGGUGUACCUACCACUCCCGCGUCGAGCAGAACCUGGAUAUCAGCUUGAAGAGCCUAGGAUUGGACUAUGUCGAUUUGUACUUGAUGCAUUGGCCUAAAUUCCCCAAACUCCCCGACGGCUCGCGCGAUUUGGUCAGAGACUGGAAGCACACAGAGACGUGGAAGGCUAUGGAGAAGUUGGUUGCGACUGGCAAGGUCAAGGCCAUUGGCGUUUCAAACUACUCGGUCAAGUACCUCGAGGAGCUCCUCCCGGUAGCGAAGAUCGUGCCUGCUGUCAACCAGAUUGAGAACCACCCCUCACUCCCACAACAAGAGAUCGUGGAUUUCUGCAAAGCAAAGGGUAUUUUAAUUACUGCAUACAGCCCGCUUGGAAGCUCUGGCAGUCCGAUGAUGAAGGAGAAGGCUAUCCUUGAGGUUGCGGAGAAGAGAGGCAUCACGCCUGGCAGCGUCCUCCUCAGCUACCACAUUGCGAGAGGGAGCGCCGUUCUCGCCAAGUCGGUCACUCCCGAGCGCAUCACGUCGAACAGAGAGUUGGUUCUACUGGAUGAAUCCGACAUGAAGAUCCUCAAUGAUUAUGCCGAAGGUUUGACCAAGUCUGGGAAGGUGGUGAGAUAUGUUUACCCUGAAUUCGGUGUCGAUUUUGGCUUCCCAGAUAAGUCGUAA